GAUAAUAAGUUUUGUUUUAUGUAUGUUUUGUAGACUAUGGAUGAAAGCCGAAUGCUUAAUAUUAUCAAUAGAUUGCAGCGUGUCAGUUUGAUUUUAAAGUUGUUAGUCGACCAGUUUAUUAUAUUGGAAACAAUGACGCCACUAGAUUUCCUAGAGUUCAGACAGCAUUUAGCUACAGCAUCUGGAUUCCAGAGCCUUCAAUUCCGACUACUAGAAAACAAACUUGGGGUUAAGCAGGAAAAUCGUAUUAAAUACAACCAGCAACAUUACAUGAAGGUGUUCAAUGAUGAAGAAUCCAUAAAAAUGUUGACGGAUUCCGUGGAACAACCGUCACUGUUAGCUGUAGUAGAGAGGUGGUUGGAGAGAACCCCUGGCCUACAGCGUCACGACUUCUGUUUCUGGCGAGCCUUUGAAACAUCCGUCUGUCGAUGGCUGGAUGAAACGAUUUAUCAGCCUUACAUAGUAGAAACAGAUCCAAAGAUCAAGGAAACUCUAAUGGCAGAAUAUCAGAAACAGAAGGACUCCUUUGAUACAAUCCUGGACCCUAUCAAAUACAACACUUUUGUAGAGCGGGGUGAACGAAGGUUGAGUCAUAAAGCCUUUCAAGGCGCCCUCUUAAUUUCACUAUACAGAGACGAGCCUCGAUUUCACCAACCAUACCAACUUCUGACCCUUCUGAUGGACAUCGACUCUUUGAUGACGAAAUGGAGAUAUAACCACGUGAUGAUGGUACAGCGCAUGAUCGGAAGUAAGGUCGGGACUGGCGGUUCUUCUGGAUAUCAUUAUCUGAGGUCAACUGUCAGUGACCGUUACAAAGUAUUCCUGGACCUCUUUAAUCUCUCCACGUACGUGAUUCCACGAGAGUACAUUCCUCCCCUGACCAUGUCAAUGAAGCGAACAUUAAGCACUAUAUCUACUGAGGUAGAGAGUGGGAUCGAGGACCAGUCAAGCAGCUUAGAAAGCAGUGACCAAUCAAAUGAGGACACCUCUCAAGUCAUGUUCACUAUGUAGUUGUGACGUCAUAAUCAACAAGAACUCACCGCAUUGCAUAUUACCAAUGGAAAAUUUAAGUUUUUUUUGUGUGUGUGUCUGUGAUAAUAUGUAUGGUGAAUGUUGGCAUUACCUAUAAUGGAAAAAAAUUAUCAAAAUGUAAACAAUCAAUACCAAUUAUAUACUCUGUGAAUGCCGGCACAUUUUUCUGUUGCCAAAAUUUGAUAAUCCACCAGUUGUGAUAAUCAUCCAUGCGGGUUAGCUAGAUUUAGUCCAACCGUCAGACUACUGGAAAUGCAGAAAAAGAAACGUCAUUUCCGGUCCUGUGUUUGUGUAUCUUUAUAGUGCAAUUAUAAAGUUAGUGUAGAGUGUUUAGACUCUUGUCUCAUUGAGAUGCUGAGGAAUUAAAUAAAAAAUGGAAGACUGUUUUGUGCCUAUGGACACAUGAACAUUAAAUGUCUUUGAAUCACAUGUAUUAAGGUUUUGGAAUCAUAUAUGAGAAUUCCUUUACAGUUACAGUUGGUACUGGAGGAAAAAAAAACUUCGAACUUAUUAUCAUUGUUGUUUUGCUGUUAUUACCCAUUUGCAGUUGAUUCGAAAUUUAUUUGAUUAAUUUAGAUAUUAUAUUUUUAUCAAACUUUUAUAUUCCUAAGCAAAUCCUUGUUAAAGCAUGAUUUCACUUUUGUCCCGUAUCUUAAAGUAUAUAUAUUGACAAUCCUUAUCGUAACGUAACAGUAUAGCAUGUAAUAUGAAUCACACUAUAAUCGCAUGUUUUAAAAUGUAAAACACGAAAAGAAGUAUAUGUCGUAUUUUAUAAAAAAAAUGUGCAACAAUAUAAUAUUUUUAGCAUAUUCAUCUAAAGACAAAAAAAAAAAAAAGUAAAAAAAAAAUGAACAGAGAAAUAUCGGUCAACUCGGAUAUAUUUAAUUUUAAUAUGAGAUUAAAUUACAGUUAAAAUUCGGAUUUUUGUUCAAAUGUACAUGUCACAUGUUCUGCAUAUGACAAGAAAUGUUAAAUGCCAGUAUUAUGCCACUAAUAAA